GCUUUGAUAAACUAUAAGGCAGUGUCGAACCUUCUUUAUUCAAAAUUUGUUCGCGCUCCAUUUUCACCGGCAUCUGUUGCCAUUGCUUAAUGCUGGUUGUUUAAAAGAAAAAUGUGUCAAAUUUAAAAGUACCUCCGUGAUUAGUUUUUUUUCAAAAUCAGAAUGAGUGAUAAUAUACCUAGGAGAUGUGGUCGGUACAGAAGUGUGGUCCGUAUGCUUAGCUCUCUGCUUCCACUGCGACCAGCACCCAGAAUAUUCUUCAACAUUGUGAAAAAUCCCAGUAAUGUUGUGUACAACUUUAAGAACACUGCCCUUGCUGAAGAUAUAGCUUCAGAGAAAAUGAGUCAUCAAAUCAAAUUUCACAAAUGUGACCAUAGUCCCUCUCAAAUGAGCGUAAAACCAGAUCUCUUGGAGUUUGGGCCCAAAAGUGAGGAGAGACCAGAUGCUGAGAACUCAAUUAAUGACAGUAAAGAAGAUGGAGUAGUUACUCAAAAAAUUGACAAUUUAGAGCGAGAACUUCAGGUACUCAGAGAGCAGAUGUCCCGAAUCAUGGCAGCACAGUUACAAGCUGAACGCAAAGAUGCUCUAAGAAUACCAGCUCCUCCACCUAUGGCUUCAUCAACUCCUGGGGUUCCUCCUCCACCACCUCCACCUCCACCUCCACCUCCACCGCCGCCAUUGCCUCCCAUGGGCAAUCUCUCAGUACCACGUUUGACUAUAACAAAAUCUCAAACUCUCAAUCCCACUACUCCAAAACGUCCAUCUGGCAUGAAAGUUCCUUUUGACAUGACAGAUGUGCUGAAGGACAUGGGCAAAGUAAAACUUCGACGGAUUGAAAGAUCUCCUGGUGGAACACCUUUGCGACAGGCCCCGCCAGCCACAGACCCUAACACAGUUCUUAUGCUAGUUCUCAAGAAAAGGUAUGCUGCAAUGCAUGACAAGACACCUGAAAAGACCCAUCGCUGUUUAGAAUCAGAUUCUUCCUUUGGUGAAGAGAGUUAUAGUCCUAAAAUGGUGUGUUAAGAUAAGAAAAUGUAGCCAAUGCAGUUGGCCAGAUUGUUACCCUGCAUUAUGUCCUUCUAAAAGACAAACUGCAGUUUUUUUUAAUAUUGUAUGAAUUUGUGACAAAUUGCAUCAAUGAAAAGUAUGCAAGCUACUUGUGUAAAUAGACUUUGCCUGCGCAUUUUGAGUACGUAUUUCAAUUAUACUCCUGUGAUAUUUCUGUAAGACCCUGUUUCAGAAUUUCAUUGUAAAUAAAUAAAAUGAAGACAGUUUUUAAUUAAA